GGCAACGCCUAGCUCCAAACUAAAAACGGACCAGAGGAGUCAGAAACUUACAGGUGAAACAGAGCAGCAGAUGAUUUAACAGCAGAAAUGUCAGAAGAAAACUCACCUUCUGUUGGUGAAGAGGCUGAGAGCGAAGAGACAGCUUCACAGGAAAACCCUGAAGUAACAGCGGAAAUGUCGGAAGAAACCACACCUUCGGAAGGUGAAGAGGCUGAGAGCAAAGAGACAGCUUCACAGGAAAACACUGAAGUUACAGCGGAAAUGUCGGAAGAAACCACACCUUCGGAAGGUGAAGAGGCUGAGAGCAAAGAGACAGUUUCACAGGAAAACACUGAAGUGAUGCAACAGAAAGCUGAAGAGGGAUCAAAAAGGCAGCUGUAUGUAGAAAGGAACUACAAGUAUGAGGAACUUCACUCCAGACCAUCCAUCACCCCCAACUCUGAAAUCCCAGAGAACCUCCUGCACCUCUCUCACUCUUUUGGCUAUGACAGUGGGCGCAGGGGGAACCUGCAGCUGCUGGAUGAUCGAACCCUGAUCUUCAUAGCAGGCAACCUGCUCGUCCUGCUGGACGUUUCCACCAAGGAGCAGAGAUACCUUCGCUCCUGCAGUGGAGGAGGAAUCGGCUCCAUCACGACCCACCCUAGCAAGGAGUACUUUGUUGUAGCAGAGAAGGGAAACCAGCCCAACAUCAUCGUAUAUGAAUAUCCCUCGUUACGACCGUUCCGCAUCCUCAGAGGCGGUACGGAGCAGGCGUACAGCUUUGUGGACUUUAACCGUGACGGGAGUCUGCUGGCCAGCGUGGGGAGCGAACCCGACUACAUGCUGACGCUGUGGAACUGGAGGCAGGAGGAGGUGAAGCUGAGGUGCAAGGCCAUUUCUCAGGAGGUCUACCGAGUCAGCUUCUCCCCAUACAACCCGGGACUGCUCACGUCAUCGGGAUCUGGACACAUCAAGUUCUGGAAAAUGGCCAGCACAUUCACCGGUGUUAAAUUGCAAGGGCUUAUGGGACAUUUUGGGAAAACUGCAGCGACUGAUAUUGAGGGCUACGUGGAACUUCCGGAUGGAAAGGUGGUGUCCGGCUCACACUGGGGCAACUUGCUGCUGUGGGAUGGGGACGCCAUCAAGGUGGAGAUUUGCCGUAAAGAGGGACGGAACUGCCACGCUGGGAUGGUCCAGCCGUUUGCCCUGGAAGACGGACAGCUGAUGACAAUUGGCUCUGAUGGAGCGGUCCGGGGCUGGGACUUUGAGAGCAUCGACACCGCCGACAGUAGCAGCGGCAGCAGCAGGUUUGAGCUGGAGCCCAUGAAUGAGGUGAUGGUCGGACACAACGUCUGCCUCUCCUCUGUGGUGAAGAACUCCGUGCCUGACUCCUUCAUCUGUUUUGCUCAGGAUUCCAGCGGAUCCAUCUGGAAACUGGAUCUUUCGUUCACCUAUACGAGUCCUGAUCCAGAGUGCCUAUUUUCCUUCCACGCCGGGCCGAUCCAGGGCCUGGAGGUGUCGAGGAAAUCCCACCUGAUGGCCACGACCGCGCUAGACCGUUCAGUCAGAGUUUUUGACUUCCUGGCCAAAAGAGAGCUGACCACCUGUCGCUUCAAUCAGGGAGGAACUGCUCUUAGCUGGGCUCCACCUUUGGUGAACCAGAGUGGGAGUUUACUGGUGACGGGCUUUGAGGACGGGGUGGUCCGCUUACUGGAGCUGUACGACCCUCAGAGACUGAAUGUAGUCACCGGGCGCACCCCCAAAGGAGAUGCCAAGCUGCGCCUUAAACAGGCCUUCAAACCCCAUAAUGGCCCUGUAACUGCUGUUGCCUAUGAACGAAAUGGAGAGAUCUUAGCCACGGGGAGCUCCGACAGCACUGUGUUCUUCUUCACUGUCGAUGAAAAAUACAACCCCAUCGGCUUUGUCCAAGUUCCCGGGCCGGUGCAGGCGCUGGAGUGGUCACCUCAUUCCCACAGUGAAAGCAGGCUGCUUGUUCUGUGUCAGAGCGGUCACGUGGUCGAAGUGCACAGUCCUGAUCCAGAGGCCGAGAGGCCGACCAAAUCCUUCCAGCUGCCUGAACUGGCCAGCAGAUCUUUCAGGUUCAGGAGCAUCAAAUCUCGAAUCAAGAGAGAGGAGGAAAUCGCAAGACGUCAAGCUGUAAAGGAUAAGAAGAAGAAAGAGAGAGUAAAGAUGUUGAAAGAAUCAAAUCAGCCGGACUUAGAGCCAGAGGAAGAAGAGGAGGAGGAGGAAGAGGAAGAGUUGCCCCGUAUCUGCAUCCCCGAGACUCCAAGUCCUCUCUACUGUGGCUUCUACUCACAGCCUGGCCAGUUUUGGCUCUCCAUGGGUGGCUUUGACUCAGGUUUCCUGUAUCACUGUAAGUUCUCUGAGAAGCAGGACCAGGAUCCGGCCCAGCGGCAGGAUGAGCCCUUUUACUCCCUGCCUAUCCACAGCACAGACGACGACUCCAUUUGCUCCGUCACCUUCAGCUCCAACAGGCGACUGCUGUUCUGCGGCAUGCAAUCAGGCUUCAUUAGGGUUUACCCUCUGCAGCCUGGCGACCACAGCCUCACCUCCAUGCAGGCCUACUGGGCUCUCAGCGUCCACGACAACCAGUAUGGACACCUGCGGCACAUCCGCUGUAGCCAUGACGACCACUUUGUGCUGACGGCGGGAGAUGACGGGAACAUCUUCUCCUUCAGCCUGCUUCCUCCAGAGGAGCUACAGAAAGGCCUGCAGAGGAAGAGGGCCAAGGUUCCUUCACCCAGGGUGGGUCUUGAGAAUGAGGCGUUAGCCCAGGACAUUGAGGACCCAGCAGCCUACAGCAUAGAGACGGCCAACAAGAAGCUGGCGAAGGAUCGUCUGCGUCGGGAGGUCGAGCUGAAGAAUGCGGCGAAGCGGAAGAAGCUGGCUAUGCUCCAGAAGAAGUUUGAACUGCUGCUGAACGACAACCAGAGACUGCUGGAGCAUGUUCGCCUGACACCUGCGGAUCUGCAGCUGGACUGGCGUUUCAGUGAGCAGGUAGAGAGGGUGAAGGCCCAGCGGGUGAGGGAGGUCAGAAAGCAGAUGAACUGGGAGGAGGAGCGCUGCAGCAUAGCACUCAGCAAACUGCAGGACUGGUUCAAGGACUCUCUGGAGGCCAAGGUCACUGUGGUCGCCAUUUGCACCGACCACAGAAUCUCCACCUACUGUCUGCCGGCGCUCGCCAAGCCUUCAUCCCCGCUCAGACAUCAGAAGAGACCCAGCUGGACCAACGGAGAAGGACAUCUUGCACUAGGACGCAGGAAAUCCAGAUUAGAUUAUUCAAUAGACAGCAGCAUAGUAGAAGAGGAGGAGGUAAUGCUCCCCAAGCCGGCUCGUCCAGCAAGGAUACAGCUGGGAGAUCGGCAGGUCGAGAGGCUCCAAAAGGCUGCAGAGAAAGCUGAACAAGCUCGAGCCAAGAUAGAGAAGAGGAAGCAGGAAUGGGCCCAGCUUUACGUAGAGAAGCCACAGGAGAACUGCGAGGAUCCGCUGGAUGUGCAGGCCAUCUGCGAAGCCAAAGAGAACAUCGGAGACUUAAAACUGAAGUCAGCCAAAGACUUCAUGGUGCCGAAACACCUGAGGAUGAGCGUUGAGACGAAGACAGCAGAGCGGACAGGCCUGGAGAAAAAUAUGCGUGAGAAGCAGACUGAGAUGAAUAGACGGAUCGUGGCGCUGCGGGACUCCAAGGUCUGCCUGGUGUCUCAGUUGCGCGCUCAGGCUCAGCAGGUCCAGAAGGUCCAGCAGCGUCUGGCGGCCCAUCUCUACCGCCCUCCACCCGCCCUGCCCGCCAUACUGCCAGAGGAAACCCCAGAGAAGAAGCUGCGGUACAGCCGUGCCACCCUGGAGCGAUACCGGCUUCUGAGGGAACAGAGGUUCCAGACCAUGGAGCAGGAGGGAGCCGCAAGUUUAUUGGAGCAGCUGGAGAAAGAGGUGCAAGGAGAGGAGGACUCAGAUGAAGAAGAAGAGGAGAGAGGAGAGGAAGGGUCUCCCAGUGUGUCAGCUUCAUCUUUAACUAGAGAAGAAGAAGACGAAACAGAAGUGGAGCUGAGCGAUCUGGAAGAGGAGCUCCGACUGCUCCACCAGCAGGACUCUCUGCUGGAGCAGAUGGAGAGUUCUGUGUGUCAGUUUGACGCGGAGCUCCUGCUGCUGCGUCACCAGAAGCUGCGUCUGGACUGGCAGCUGAAGAUGGCCGACCUCCGUCAGCUGACGCUCCACCAGGAGCUGCUGCUCUUCAAGGAGUUCGAGAUUAGGGAGGAGAGCCUGCAGGAGAAGCUCGACGGGUACAUUGAAGAGGAGAUCAGAAUCACGUCUAAACUGGAGGAGAGUGAGGAACUGCUGGAACUGAAGCGGGGAGACAUAGCCAAACUGCAUGAGAGAGAGAAGGCUCUGACCGCCACCUUCAAAGCCUCGCUGGGCGAAGACAACAAGUUUGAAGACUUCCUGACCAAAGUCUUCAAGAAGAAGAUCAAACGUGUUCAGAAGAAGGAGCAGACGGGGAACGAGGAAGAAGAGGAGGACAGUGAUGAAGACUCUGAUGAAGACGAUGACUCGGAUGAUGAUGAUUAUGACAGCGGCUCGGAGGAGGGAGGAGGUGCUCUGGAUAAAAGUGUCUGCCCUCGAGGCUGUAAUCCAGAGUUGUUCGAGAACACACUGCAGCUGCGUGAACAUCGGCUGGACCUGGAGGAACUGUUGGUGGAGGAGAAGAAAUGCGCUGAAGCUCUGAAGAAGGAGUGCGACAACCUCACCAAGAAGGAGAAAGCGGCAGAAAGCACUCGGGAGGCAGCGGAGGACGAAUUGGAGUUAGUCAACAGGGAGAAACAGCAGAAAAUUAACCAACUGGAUGUGGUGGUUCCUCUUAGACUGCACCAGAUUGAGUAUGUCAUUAAGGGCUCGGUGCCGUCAGACCUGAGUCCAGGGUUGGUGCUGGACAUGACGGAGCUCAACAGGCUGCAGCAGCGCAUCAAGCAGCUGCAGGUGGAAAAGAGCCAGCAGAGAGAUCUGUACUGUGAGGCGCGCAACCACCACGUCAGGCUCCUACUUGACCGCAAGGACAUGGACGUCAACAUCCAGAAGCUGGAGAAGAAGUGCAACCAGAUGAUGAUGAUGAGGUUCGGGAGGCUGGUGGAUCUGAAUGUUCUGCAGACGCUGUCGGGGAACAUUAAACUGGAGGAGCUCAAGCAGGACAAACUCCUCCGAGAAGCUGGAUACGCCAAGGAACUCAAAGAGUGGGAUCUGAAGGUAGAAGAGGUGCGUCAGGCUCAGAUGGAGGUGACCAGGUGUAACACAGAGCGUCUCUUCUGCAUGAAGAGCAGUCUCGACCAGAAGAUGGAUCUGGAGCAUAAACUCAACGCCAGGCAGAAGAAAAUGGGCCGACAGUUCCAGGAUUACAGGAGACAUGUGACCCAGGAUGAGAUCCCGAGGCUCCAGGGGCUGUUGAAAACCCAGUCGCAGCAGGCUGAGGCCCUCAGGAGAGAGAUCGGCCUCCUGUCCCUUAAAGGAGGCCACGUCUUGCCCCCCUGCCAUGCCCCGCGGCCCCCACUUGCUCCGUUGCCCACCCCCGCGAGCCGCACCGGCCAACCAGGACGACCGUCCAAACAGCUCAAAGUACAGAACUCAACCAGCAAACAGGAAGCUAAUUAA